AUGGGAAGUUACAGCAGCGUCCAUUUCUGUGGGAUACCAAAGGGGAAAGGACCCCAUGCAGUGGGCUGUACGGACCUGAUGAGUGAUCACACCAUUCAGGGCACUUUUCUUCGACUGUUCUACCCUUGUGUGGAUAGCGAUGAAUAUGAAGAGGCUCUAUGGAUUCCCCGUAAAGAGUAUUACUUAGGACUCGCAGACACUCUGAAGCUGAACAGGACUCUAAUUGAUUUUGUUUUUAGCUAUUACUUUGGUUCUGUGAAAUGUCCGGCAAAGCUGAACGCACCAUUCAAACCAGGAGAAAGAUACCCCCUGGUCAUAUUCUCCCAUGGGCUUGGAGCUUUCAGAACGUUGUAUUCAGCUAUCUGUAUCGGCUUGGCAUCGCAGGGCUUUAUAGUUGCCGCAGUUGAACAUAGAGAUGAAUCUGCAUCUGCAACAUUUUAUUUUCGGGAGAGGUCCUCUACUGACGCUUGUGAGGAGGAGUGUGACACUCUGGAGGAGGUGUGGAUUUAUAACAAGACUCCGAAACCAGGCUCAGAUGAAUUCCCACUCCGAUUUGAGCAGGUACAGAAGAGGGUGGAUGAAUGCAUCCGGGCUCUGGACCUUGUGCUGGAUAUCAAUGCUGGAAAAUCAGUAACCAACACAUUACCAUCCAAUUUUGACUGGCUACUGUUAAAGGACUCUAUUGAUGUACAGAGAGUGGCAGCAGUGGGACACUCCUUUGGGGCAGCUACAGCAAUCAAAGCACUUGGGAGGGAUUCACGAUUUAGAUGUGGUGUAGCUCUGGAUUCCUGGAUGUUCUCUCUCAGAGACGAAAUCACUUCACAACAAUCCACCAGCCAGUUUUAUUUGUCAACUCAGAGAAGUUCCAGUGGGUGGAAAAUGUCAUGAUUAUGAAGAAGAUGGAUUCCUCCAGCGUGGAGAGGAAGAUGAUUACCAUCAAGGGCAGUGUACAUCAGAGCUUUCCUGACUUCACAUUCCUCACUGGUUACCUGAUAGGGAAAAUAUUCAAGUUAAAGGGAGAAAUUGAUCCAUAUGUGGGGAUGGACAUUAUUAUCAAUGUAACUUUAGCUUUCCUACAGCGACACCUUGGUCUCCAGAAGGACUUCAAUCAGUGGGAUCAUCUCAUUGAAGGUGAAGGAGAAUUUGUCAUCCCAGGAACAAAUCUUGAUCUACCUCCAGUACAGUCUAAGAGCUCCAAAUGA